UCCCUGGGAGUCGUCGAGCGCGGCCAGCGUGUCCGCGCAGUCGGCUUGCAGCGGGCUGCGAGCGGCGAGCGCGGCUUUGUCCUCGGAAAUGUGCUCCGCGCUUGCCCUUUUCCCUCCGUGUGUGUUUCAAAGAAAGACUCUGCAGAGACUCUGAAACGAUCUUGUAAUGCUCGAUUGAGGAUAAACCCGUACGCCCUUGAAGGGUUUUGUGUGAAUUCGAUUUUUUUUUUCUUUCCUUUUUCGUGUGCGCGCGUGCGUUUUUGUUUUAUUUUUUCCCUUUCCACUUCUGCAUACUUUUGUUUUGACCAUUCGAGGCAGGGCCUCUGUCUUCGUGAAGUUUGAAGAGAAGAGCCAGGAGCUACUCCGCCACCGUCGAUUUUUGAAACUUAACUCUUUUGGGGGGGCAGAGGCAAAGAGCUGGUUUUCUUUGCUUAGGCCAAUAAAUGCUGUUGAUGAAAAUGGACCUGUUGAACUACCAGUACUUGGACAAGAUGAACAACAAUAUCGGCAUUCUGUGCUACGAAGGUGAAGCUGCUCUCAGGGGAGAGCCCAGGAUGCAGACCCUCCCGGUGGCCUCUGCCUUGGGCAGCCACCGCACCGGCCCUCCCCCAGUCAGCCCCAGCAAGAGGAAGUUCAGCAUGGAGCCGGGCGACGAUGGGCUGGACUGUGACAGCGACCACGUCUCCAAGAUGAGUCGGCUCUUCGUCCCCCACCUGAACAAGACUGCCAAUGGGGACUGCCGGAAGGACGCCCGGGAGCGGAGCCGCAGCCCCGUGGAGCGUGGUGUGGCCCCCGCCGUGAGCCUGCACGGCAGCCACCUGUACACGUCCCUGUCCGGCCUCGGCACGGAGCAGCCGCUCGCCCUGACCAAGAAUAGUCUGGAUGCCGGCCGGCCGGCGGGCCUCGCGCCCACGCUGACCCCGGUGGAGCGGCAGCAGAACCGGCCCUCCGUGAUCACCUGCGCGUCGGCCGGCGCCCGCAACUGCAACCUCUCGCACUGCCCCGUGGCGCACAGCGGCUGCGCCGCGCCCGGGCCCGCCAGCUACCGGAGGCCGCCGAGCGCCUCGGCGACCACCUGCGACCCCGUGGUGGAGGAGCACUUCCGCCGGAGCCUGGGCAAGAACUACAAGGAGCCUGAGCCGGCGCCCAGCUCGGUGUCCAUCACGGGCUCCGUGGACGACCACUUCGCCAAAGCCCUGGGGGACACGUGGCUCCAGAUCAAAGCCGCCAAGGACGGCGCGUCCAGCAGCCCCGAGUCGGCGUCGCGCAGGGGCCAGCCCGCCAGCCCCUCGGCCCACAUGGUCAGCCACAGCCACCCGCCCUCCGUGGUCUCCUGAGGGGCGCGCCCUCCCCCCAGCAGCACCGGCGUCUGCACGGUCUGCCUGAGCUUUGAACAGUCAGUACUUACAAAAAUGGAAAAAAAAAAUCACGGGGGCGGGCGGGGGGGAAGGGACGGGCUGGUUUCUUCGCAAAAACCAUGUUGCUGGGGGUCUCCUUCUGUUCUGUCCUGUCUCUGUACUUGCUUGGCGUCCACACGAGGGGGCCCUCGGCCACGACAGCAGGAAGGACGCGCAACAUCUGACGGGCACCCUUCCUGCCUCCGUUACCAAAGAAACCUCUGCUGCAGGGCGCGGCCCGCGCAUGCGCACUCAUAAGCCAUGACGACGUUGGUACAUGCCCUGAGCGCGCCCUCUGCUCCUCGAGACCCGGCUGUGUGCGGCCGUCGGGCUCAGUCCGUGUGCAUGUGCGUGCGUGGCUGUCGGGCUGUGUGUGCGUGCGUGCGGACUUGAGGAGGCCCGCCGUGUCUGAUUUGCACUGUGGGGGGACCUGAGCUGCUGGCCUGACCACUUGGAGACGCGAGGGCUCCCGAGGGCGAACUGCUGAGACAGGAAGGGUGGAGGGUGACACUUCUGACGGCGUGUGGUCGCGGCCGCUCAGGCAGACGACUCAGUCGUGGCAGGGGAGGGCUCGCACAGGGUAGAGGUCUUUCUGGCUCCGGCCCCUCACGGGCAUUUACCUUCUGCACGCUGCGGUGUGCGGCUGGAGCUGAGGCCGGGGCCCCGCAGUGCUUUAAGGAGGAAUAGCGGUUUCUCUUACGUGCACAGGCAGUGAGCGGCAUCCCUGAGACGCACUAGCCUCUCCAGGAUUAGUUCUUUUUGUCAGUUACGGUCCUAGGUAUACUUACUGCUGGUACAGUUGUACUCUAAGAUUUGUAUUUGAUACUCACGCUACUCACCAGGAGCGCGGGACGGCCAGCUGCUGGCGGCCCGGGUGCGCGGAGGAGGCCGGAGGGCUGGCCUGCGGCUGACUUCAUCAUUUAUUUUUUGCAUCCCUGCCUGCUUAGUACGAGCUCCCGGGGGAGCUGGGAUCCGCGUCUUUCCAGCUGCCCUCGACGCAGGAACUGCUCCCUCCGAACGGUCGGCCGAGUGGCAGACUGCUGACAAUCCGCGCUGUGGUAUUUUUAGAUGCUUCCUUGUACGCUGGGGCCAAGGCGUGUACAUUCCUCGGACUUCAGAGUUAUCGCUGCGGUUAUUACCGCGCUAGAUGAACGCUACUAACCAGAAGCUGGGCGAGGCAGCAGGCACGACGGACGCGGCUGUGGCCACCCCCAGGCCUUCCCCACCUGGCCAGGUGACGUGGGCAUGGCCACCUCGCCUGCCCAGCAUGUGGGUUCCUGCUUACGGGCCCCCUUGUGGCCGGCCGGCUUUCGCUGUGAGACACACAGUGUGGCCGAGGGAUUUUGGAAACUGACUCCGGAUGGCUCGGCCGGAGAACUGGCGCUCGCAGUCACAGGGUGGCCGCGGGGCCUCGCAAAGCAAAAGCCAAGCCCCUCUCCGCCCCGCGCACGGCUCACUCCUACUUUACCGGGCUUCCAGGCUUUGGCAUCCAGGCCCCUAUAUUUUCUGUAGGAAAAAAAUCGUUGAGAACACUUUUUUUAUAUAGGUAACUUUAAGACCAUCAUUACGCUGUGCGUAAAGAAUGUACAGAGAAAUUUGUAGGUAUUUUUUGAAGAACAAUUAAUUUGUUAAUGAUAUGUAGCUAUUUAAUUUGUCCCUUUCCUAUUGUAAUCAUUUUUGUUGUUUGGAAAAAAAAAAAGUUGAUCUUUUUUUUGUCGUCGAUGUGUCUGUGGAAGUGCAGGGACAGGUUGCUGAGGCCUCUGCGCCUGCACUAAUAGCCACGAGUUUGUUACUGCGACAGGCUACUGAGGCGCCACAGGGGACAGCCCGCCGCGGGCACCGGCUCACGGCCCCGGGAGGGGACCAGGCGGCGCGGACCUAUCUGGGAUAGGCGGAGCACCCCCGCCCGAGCGGCGCGGCCUGUCCCACCGUGUCUGUAACUCUGUACUAUACCGUUCUCUGUGGCCUGUUUUCCCUGGAAGAAGAAAAAAAAAGGUUUGGCAGGCCAUCUUUUUUUUGUACUUAAAAGUAGCCUUAAGAACAAUAAUAAAGUGCUCUUAAACCACA